AUGGAGGAGACGGACCUCUGCGGAUCCUCGAUAUUUCGCUGCGACCAGCGCCUCUGCUCCGCAGACGUUCUUCCCUCGUCCGAGGUACUAUGCCUCUCUCUCCGAGUUUUACUAUGUGUGCCAAGCCGGGUGGAGGAAUUCCGCGGUUGCCGGGGGCCUUCCCAUCCGAGGCAGCGAGGGCGAAUCCACGGGGAAAAACUGAUUUCCUGACCUUGAAUGGAUUCUCCAUAGCUUACAUGGAUGGAAAUUCCCGGUGGCUGUGAAAUUCCUUAACUCGCCAUGGCAAUCCGUGAGUUCCAGAGCUUCGUUCUGUAUAUCUCCUCUCCACAGUCUGAUGAUUUCCUCCAUAUUUCUGACUUUCCCUCUGUCUGGCAUCCGCGUCAGGUCCGUGCGAGAAUGGAGGUUUCUGUCCUGAACUUUCUCGAGUUCCUGACGUCUCCUUCGCCGGCCGUCCCCCAUCUAUCCCUGGUUUACCUCCCAUCUCCAUUCCUUUUCUGCAUCCUGAUGUCUCGUAUUUAGCAGUGUUAUUCUUAGCGAUGGUUCUUAGCAUGACUGUGCCGACAGUAAUGGAAACUGGAAUGCUGAAGUUCUUUGCCGAGUCUCCAUACCAUCGUCUAAGGUCUGUGUUUUAUGCGUACGGUGUUUAGAAUUAAGGUCUGUCUUCCGGCUGGACCUUCGUUCGGAUAUUUAGAUGUCGUACAGAUGGACUCAUCUUUGAGAUGGAUGCUGUCUAGAAGGUAUCACCAUUGCUGCGCACGCAUUUGAGUGUUUUUCCUAUUUGCGUUUCUAUUUUGUAUCAUUAUGGAUCACACAAUUGCCUUGAUGAUUUAAAAAUUGUCGCAAGGACAGACUGCAUGCCCACAGCAGAUCAAUAUUAUCAAAAGAUAAACCCAUGGAACGUGUUGAUAAUCAAAAUGAUAUCGAGGGCCCAGAAGAGGAAUUCCUCGCAUCAUUCGCGUUCCAUGGGUGUUGCGUGUUAUACUACCAAUCCAACGUCCUAUUAUAAUACAUGGUGCUGACAAUUAGGAGAAUUUCUUCUGAAGCAACUCUCCAAUGUCCCAGCUGCUAACAUUACCUCUAUACCAACGAUAUCUUUAGCACAUUGGCUUCUAACAUUACCUCUAUAUCUAGACCUCUAUAACAAUUAGUGCUAUUAUGAUCAUCGCAUUGAGGAGGCACAGCAACUCCGAAGUCUAUUUGACCGAAUGUUUGCAUUUAGAUGUUGUGUAGUAGAUGUUUGCAUUUAGAUGUUUGCAUUUAGAGGUGGAGGGAAGUCCCCAGGUGGUUUCUUAUGUAGAUGUAGCGACGUCGAUUCAUGCAUGCGGUGCCACCAUCCUGCACUUCAAUUCAUAACAUAUCUCGCUUGUAGUUGGACUCAGCAAUGGUAACCGGCGGAGGGCGUCAGCAUAGGGUGUUCCUGUGUCAAUGUAAUUGACAUGUACCAGCUGGCCGCGGCCAUAGAUCUACUCUCCAGUCCCAUACAUCUUGUCGUCCUACUCUUUCACUAUUCCUGGAAACCGAAACCUUUGGGUUGCCAUGCCAAUGAUAGCUUUAGGGGAUACUAGAUAUGCUAUUUGGGGCAGGUAAGCUUUUGCUGACAUGAUAGGAUUUAACAUUAAUCUGUUAUUGAUGAGGGCAUCAUAACAUCUGGUUGAUUUCUCCGUUGUGCUUUCAUCAUCAACGACUCUCCUGUUGUAUACUUUUUCAUCUAGAGGCUAAUGCAAAGUAAAUUGUUUUGGCCCACUUCUCCUAAUUUAUACAUGUACUCAUAAGCAAGGUGAACUUAUGCAAAAGUAGUGCGUGGUGAAAGAGUUAUAGUAUGGGUGCCCUCUAGGUCUAUAUGGAAAUGCCGGGAUCCUGAAGCCUUAUCUUUUGUUUAAUUAUUGGUCAACAAGUUUUAAGAAGGAAAAGAGAUGGGGAUCUAAUGUGGUAAACAGAUGAUACAAUACUAGGAAAUUUGGUAAAGGGACAAGACGACCAAAAUACCUCAAGAUUUUUUUUUAUUUGAAAAUUGAGAAUGCACUGUCUGUAUUAUGACAUCAGAAAAGACGCAUCUGGAUUUGUCUAAUGUACUGUCUGAUGUCCUUUAUGACGUAGUGAUUAGGCAUAAUGAAACGUCAAGAUCUAGGAUUUGUCUGUUUGUUUUGUAAUGAAAUGGAUGCCUGACUUUAAAAGACCUGAAGUCAGUUCCGAGAAACGUUAAUGACAAAGCUGUGGCGACACUGACCGUGUAGUUUGAAUCUGUAUAGCGAUUAAAGUGAAUAAGUCAAAGUAGAAGCUAUGGAAUAAUAUAUGAAUAUGUAUGGCGAUCAACCUCUUUUCUAGUUGAAUGCAAUUAGGACUGUUCUCUAGGUGGGAUGGAAUUCACAGGAUGUAGUUCCAUAUUUUCAUGAGUUUUCUGUGACGGUGAUUCCGAACAGUUACAAAGAGUAGAUUCGUAUAUAUCUUGACAUUUUUAUUUUUGUAUCACCAUUACCGUUGAAGUAAAAAGAGGAUGGAUACGUUUUUGGUUUCUCUCUUUCUAUCAUGAUGCUGCUUACCGUACCGUAAAAAUUCGAUAUAUCUUCCUUUAUUGUAUUCUCAAUUACCCGGAUCAUGCAUUAUUUCCUUUAUGCAGAUAAAGAGGCGACUAGACAAUACAGGAUUACGCCAAGGGCUAGUGAACGAUGUGUCUUCGAUCUUCCUUUCUCAUUCAUUUUGUAAGAGGUCUCUAAUGAGAACCAAAGAAGCCAAGGCCUUUAUAAGAGGUAAUGCUGCUGGGAAAAGAAUAUUAUGUAUUGUCUAUAAAUUUUCGCUUCAAAGAGGUAGUGCGUAGAUUUCUUUUAGGGUCCUUUUAUUGCAGUGUGGAAGGCCAUGGAACUCUGUUUCCAAGUACUGGAGAGGGGGAAGCAGGUCACUCAGAGGGAGCUGUUUUAUAGGCUUUUGUGUGAGUCUCCUGAUUAUUUUACUUCUCAAGCUCAAGUGAACAUGGCUGUGCAAGGUCAAUGCCUCAUUUUCUCUCUCUUUCAUUCGACUCCCUCUCUUUCCUGAUUUCUUUCCAUGUUGAUCCUGUUUGUAGCACAUAAUCCUCAUCCAUGACAAUCUUACACGCUUGAACCUGUACUAACCUUUUACUGCAGAUCUCGUCGCCCUGCUCCAUUGCACUCGCCAGAGCUUAGGAAUCAUGGCCUCCAGCCGAGGGGCGAUUUCUGGACGCUUGAAAUUACUGGUAGCUCUCUUUCAUUUGAUCAUAUUUAUUUUUAAUGCUGCAAUUUCUUCUAUCUUGGAUAAACUGGAAAAUGGGCUUAUAAGUCAAAUGCUUUCUCGGAAAAGCCUAUAUCGAUUUGCUCUAAAGCAUUUGACAGAAGUGCUUACUAAAGCUACGGCAUUCUAGUAUUUUUUUUCCUUGAUUGCCAUGUCUUAUCUCUUUACCCGACGAGCUGCGACUGCAAGGACCCAGAGACAGGCGUUAUUGAUUGCUCGGUUCUUGGGUCUGCUGGAUAUGCUAUAAGUGGUGACCUUAAUUUGCUGCAAAAACUCAUUUUUCAUUCUGAUGCCCGGUACAUCAUCGUUUUGGAGAAGGUAAUUUAGUUCAUGCGCGUUAAAAAAUUAACGCAUUUAACAGAGAUUCAUGCUGACGGUGUUUCCAUUCUGGAUCACUUUAAGGACGCUAUUUUCCAACGACUCGUGGAGGAUCAGAUUUUCAAUCAGAUUCCCAGCAUCCUUAUCACAGCCAAGGGAUAUCCAGACAUGGCUACAAGGUACCUGCUGAUUCUGCUUUCUGACAUUUGGGGUUUGGAAGUGGUGGUGGUGGUGGUGGUGAUCGCAGAGAUUACUCUGCUUUCUUUAGGCAAAGAACUUCUAUCUAUUCCUAGAACUGGUCGGCAUUAUUACUGUAACAUAAUGACCUCCAUUAGUCGGUUUAAUGCGAGACAUUCACACCGUACAGUACAUGAAUGAACCGGGUGACCCGAAAGCAGAGAGAUCAUUGAAUUUCAUGGAGGAGCUUCUUGGAGACACUUUUUCUAGACGAGAUUUAGGAUCUAUGAAUAUUAUUAGUUCUUAGAACUGGUACCCUUCAGAUCAAUGCAAGAACAGAAAAGCAGGGGUAGACCCAUGGGAUGUAAACCGGCGAAGUCAUCUGGGUAACAUAGAAUUUACAUGAAAACAUGCUUUUUUAUUCGCUGUUUGGCGCUUUGUUCUUCCGACGUUGAACCAGAGCCUGUAGAUUUCAUGCUCGCCUCUAUCCAAUCUUAUGUAGCCAACAAGCAGCCGCGAUUACGUACUUAAAUUCAUCUCUGCGGCAUGAUCUGGAUUUCCAUGCAUUGUCUGCAUACCUCUGAGCUUUGCUACAAUGGCUUAAACUUUCUGAAUGGUGCGAUAAGAGCUUUUCACCUGCACCUGAUCAGCCCCCCUUGGACAGAAGAUUACAUCGCAUAUUCAGCGCAUUCUUCGCCUGUGCAGACUCCUGGCAUAUAACUUUCUGGGCACUGGAACCCUUUUCUGGGUUUCUGAUAUUAUUCAGGAGAUUUUCAUGGGUAAAUUAUAGAAAUAUAUUAUUAUAUCCUGAUGCAUGGAAGAAUCAUCAUCAAUAUUCUUAACCAUUCCGUUUGCAUGAAAGAAUGAUUUUCAUACGUCAGGGGCAGCGCCCCGCCUGAAGCAAUGCAAACAAACUCAUCCGUGGCUCUGUAGCAGGUUUCUUCUGCACAGAUUAUCUCGAGAGUUUUCUGGACUACCGAUCCUGGCAUUGGUAGAUUGGUACGCAAUUUUCACUUUUUAUUUCUUUUUUCUUUUUUUCCGUUGACUUAUAUUUGCUCCCUCCGUGUUCUUCAUGUCAACGUCGUAGGAACCCGGCCGGAGUAGCAAUCCUAUGCACCUACAAGUUUGGGAGCGCAUCCAUGGGGCUGGAGGCGUACAGAUAUGGUAUUAUAUCCCAAUUGCACCUCGUCAUUCAAACAAGUGUGAUCAAACAAGCUCUGAUCGCAGCGAAUCCAUCCCCUCCUGCGUCUUCUUCUCAAGCCUGUGAUGUCAGAUGGCUGGGAUUGAGAUCGGAAGACUUGCCCAGUCUACCAGUGAGCGCAAUGAAUGACCUGACGGCUCGCGAUCUGCAGAUAUCCAGGAGCUUGAUGUCAUCCAGGAUGCUGCCGGUGAGUGGGACGUAAACUUGUCUCAAUGGGACGAGGAUGGAGGAGCAGAUCCACCGCUGAGCUCCUUCUUUGUUGGGGGUUACAGGGGCCGCACAGGGCGGAGCUGGAGAUGAUGGCGGCGAUGGGGAAGCGGGUGGAGAUGGAGGCGCUCUACUAUCGCGGCUUCGGCUUCUUGGGGAAAUACGUCGCACAGAAGAUCGUGAGGGGUGAUUACAUCUAG